CAGCUCUGAAGUUAAAAUGAUCCGCGCCUGCAUCGUCCUCGCCCUGGCCACCAGCGCCUUCGCUGGUUUCGUCGGCACUGCCGGAUACAGCGUCGGCCUGGCUGCCGCCCCAGCCGUCGCCACCGUUGCCCACGCUGCCCCAGUUGCCACCUAUGCCGCUGCUCCAGUUGUUGCCGCUGCCCCAGCUGUCGCCACUGUGGCCCACGCCCCAGUCGCUACCUAUGCCGCUGCUCCAGUCGUUGCCGCUGCUCCAGCUGUGACCAGGGUUGCCACCACUUACGCCGCUGCCCCAGCUUUCGCCACUGUCGCCCACGCCCCAGUCGCCACCGCUGUUGCUGCCCCAGCCGUUGCCUCCUACGCCGUUGCUCCAGCUGUGACCCGUGUCGCCACCGUUGCCCACGCUGCCCCAGUCGCCACCUACGCCGCUGCCCCAGCUGUCGCUACUGUGGCCCACGCCCCAGUCGCCACCGCUGUUGCCGCCCCAGUCGCCACCUAUGCCGCUGCCCCAGCCGUCGCUGCUGUCCACGCUGCCCCAGCUGUUGCCACCACCACCGUCCACCACGCCCCAGCUGUCGCCACCGUUGCCCACGCUGCCCCAGUUGUCGCUGCCUACCACGCCGCUCCAGCCUACGGCUACGGCAUCGGCACCCUCGGUUACGGCGUUGGCCACUACGGCUACGGCCACGGACUCCUCGGCUAUGGCCUGAACUACGGCUACGGCCUUGGCUCGCCCUUCGACUACACCACCCUCCUCCGCAGGAAGAAGUAAAUCUCUGGCGUACCCGUAACAUCGACAGUUGCUUUCACCGACCAAAAUACGUUUACCUAUCGCUUCUACAGCGUAGUUCGAAGAAACUAUUGGCUGAAAUAAAAUUAAACUAUUUUCC